GCAACCCUUCGAGAAACGAGCAGCCAGGUGCCAGGCAGCAGCUCACCGGAAAAGGAUCAGAUCAGAUGAAUGAAAGGAAGGAAAUGGAGCACAUUGGGAGGCGAGAAAAGGCCGUAAGCAAGAAGCCCAGCGAAAGAAGAAGAAGGAGAGAGUGAAAGGGGAAGAAGAAGAAGAAGAGGAGGACGAGGAGGAAACAUAUAGGACGAGGGAAGAUCAGGAGGAAGAUGGGGAUGGUGUGGAUGGAAGAGCAAGAGGUGAUGGCGGCUCCGUUCGUGAGGAAGACGUACGAUAUGGUGAGCGACCCGGCGACGGACGGACUGGUCUCCUGGGGAGGCGGCAACAACAGCUUCGUGGUGCUCAACCUCUUCCACUUCUCCCAGCAGCUCCUCCCCAAGUUCUUCAAGCACAACAACUUCUCCAGCUUCGUCCGUCAGCUCAACACCUAUGGGUUCAGGAAGGUCGAUCCUGAUAGAUGGGAGUUCGCAAACGAGCAUUUCUUGCGCGGACAGAAACACUUGCUGAAGAACAUCGUGAGGAGGAGGAACAACCCGAAUGCCGGUGUCGGCGGUUGUGGUGAUGUUGGUGGCCGCAGGGGCGGCCCGGUGGAGAUGGAGCUCACCAGCGAGGUGGAUAGGCUGAUGCACGAACGCCACGCCAUGGCCAUGGACCUGGCGAAGCUGAAGGAGGGCCAGAAGGCCAUGGACGAGGAGGUGCGCGUGAUGAACAGGCGCCUGCAGGUGACGGAGAGGCGGCCCCAGCAGAUGAUGGCCUUCCUUUCCAAAGUGGUGGGGAACCCCGCCAUCCUCUUCCGCAUCAGCAAAGGGUUCAAGCAACAGAGGGAAGACCGGAUCGCAGACAAGAGGCGGAAGAUGAUCGCAGUAAAGGGGGAAGAGACGCCGGCGCCUCCGCCGGCAGCUGCUGCUUCUCGCCUAUUUGGUGGCUCACAGAUUGAGGUGGUGGCCGGGAGUGGUGCCGGUGACGAGAUUGAGUUGAGUGUUGAGUCGCCAUCUUCGUCAAAAUCUGGUGGGAUGUGCUCCACUGUGGGAAAUGAUGAAGUCAGGAUGCAGAUGAUGGCUGAGCAAGUGGCACUGGAAGAUUAUCAGGAACCCGUGAUGCAGGGAGAAGGAGACGAGGAUCAGGAGAAGGAAGAGGAAGAAGACGAGGAAGGGCCUCUCUUGAUUGAGGACAUACAGCUACCUGAGUAUGUAUAUGAGUGCAGGCAACUCCUUACAGACUACGGAUUAGAGGGACCAGCUCGGCACCUCCCUGGUGCUUUCUUGGGGACUCGCUUCUAAUUCCAAGUAGUUGAAACUAGGAGUUCACUCAUGGAAAUCGAAUGAGUGCGCGUCAGUAGAGCGCCUAACUAAUUAGUCAUCUCCUCCUCUGUCCGUUUCUCCUGUAUAUGUGUUAUGUCAAGCUCUAAUGUAGGAAGUUUAGCUGCAGAGGAUGGUGAAAAGAGCAGUAGAGAAGAGAACGCAGCUUUUGCUAAACUGAUGAAAAAAGAAGGUUGUACAUUUCUUUCCCCUUUUGUUAAGGAAACCCUGUGCGUUUGGAGAUAAAUUCAUCGUUGUUUGGUGGCUCGAAGAACUUCUAGAAUUUUUUUCUAAGAAAAUUUUACCUGGUUUAAGAAGGGAUGUGUGAAAAAGUUAUUCAGAAAAAAAAAAGUAGGUUAUCCAUUGUUUGAUGAGUGAAGAAAAUUAUUCUUCAAUUUGUUUUUAGGUGUUUGACGAAAGCGCAUAAAAAUACUGAAAAUGAAAAUGUCAACGCUGGCCAAGAGUUCUGCUCCUAAACUCCGCUGGAACUUUGCUGGUACUAACAUCUUGAAAUCUCGCCAAGUUUCUCUUGCAGAAGUGCAGAAACUCUUCCUCCGCCGUAGUUGCUCCUUCAUUCAGCACCAUUGCAGAGUAUAUCUAUGGUUUGGAGCCACCAAAUCCAAGGCUGCGUUAAACCAGAAGGCUCAACACCCAUUUGCCCGCACAGCGAGACCAAAAAGGUUCAUCUCCUUAUCACAUUUAUCGAUGGGAAUUCAAAAAGCCACCGCCUGUGCGAUAACAAGACAGUCCAUCUCCAUGGGCGGCAUCUUCACUCCUUCAGGAAUCAUUUUAUCUUCAACCAUCAAACAAUCAAAACUCCAACCAGUCAGAAGCAUCCCUAGAAUCACAACUUUCCGGCGUCGGAGGAUAGGUGGGUGACUGACCUCUCCACAGUUAGAUGAGGUCCCUGAUGCAAGCCGACCGAAUGGAGGUAGCCAUGAUCAGAAUUAGGCAUCACCAUCUCCACAGCGGCUGGCCAACCUAUAGGGUUCGAUCGGCUUGUUUAGGCCUUGGUGAGGCGGGGGGUUCAGGCGCCAUCCUUGUGUGCUUCCAUGGUCAUGCAAUUGGCCUUCUUGAACACCAGCAACCCCCAAAGGACUUCUUGAGCCACUCCAUCACCAUAGGCCUCUGAAGAUAUAUAUGGAGAACUCGGCCUUGGCUCAUGGCGGUCGAGCACAAUAUGACGGCUGGCCGUCACAGCAGUCUUACGAGGUGGCAUGUCGUGCAAAGACGAGCCGGAGAAGUGGCGAGCAGCAGGGACGACAACGGAGCCGAGAUGACAUUUUCUAUCAUAUUUUUUUUAAUAAAAAGAUGAAGUAAGGAUCCUAAAUGUGAA